GCCCCCGUGGGCGGGACCCCCGGCCGCCGCGCACACUGCCCUGCGGUGGUCGGAGCGAGCCGAGCGAGGAGGCAUCAUGGCAGCGGCGUUCCGCAGAGGCUGCGGGGUCCUAAGAAGUCUUUCUCGUUUUGAGUGGCGAGCCCAGCACACGAAAGCGUCUCUCAAGCAGGAGCCAGGAUUAGGGUUUAAUUUUGAGUUGACUGAACAGCAGAAAGAGUUUCAAGGAACCGCCCGGAAGUUUGCCCGAGAGGAAAUCAUCCCAGUCGCUGCAGAGUACGACAGGACGGGAGAGUACCCAUUCCCCCUCAUCAAAAGAGCCUGGGAGCUUGGCUUGGUCAAUGCACACAUUCCCGAGAAUUGUGGUGGUCUCGGACUGGGAACUUUCGAUUCCUGUUUAAUUUCCGAAGAGUUGGCGUAUGGGUGUACAGGGGUGCAGACCGCUAUUGAAACAAAUUCUUUAGGGCAAAUGCCUGUGAUUCUUGCUGGAAAUGAUCAACAAAAGAAGAAGUAUUUGGGGAGGAUGACUGAGCAGCCAAUGAUGUGUGCCUACUGUGUUACGGAGCCGUCAGCAGGCUCUGAUGUGGCUGGUAUCAAGACCAGAGCAGAAAAGAAGGGUGAUGAGUACGUCAUCAAUGGCCAGAAGAUGUGGAUAACCAACGGCGGGAAGGCGAACUGGUAUUUUUUAUUGGCACGUUCUGAUCCAGAUCCUAAAGCACCUGCUAAUAAAGCCUUUACUGGAUUCAUCGUGGAAGCUGACACCCCAGGAAUACAUAUUGGGAAAAAGGAAUUAAACAUGGGCCAGCGAUGCUCCGAUACCAGAGGAAUCACCUUUGAAGAUGUCAGAGUGCCUAAGGAGAACGUUCUAAUUGCUGAGGGAGCCGGUUUCAAGAUCGCAAUGGGGGCUUUUGAUAGAACCAGGCCCACAGUAGCCGCUGGUGCUGUCGGGCUAGCCCAGAGAGCUCUGGACGAAGCCACAAAGUAUGCCCUGGAGAGGAAAACAUUUGGAAAGCUGCUAGUAGAGCACCAAGGAGUUUCAUUUCUGCUCGCAGACAUGGCGAUGAAAGUUGAACUGGCCAGACUCGCUUACCAGAGAGCGGCCUGGGAGGUUGACUCUGGCCGCCGGAACACAUACUACGCCUCCAUUGCAAAGGCUUUUGCUGGAGACAUUGCCAAUCAGUUAGCUACUGAUGCCGUGCAGAUUUUUGGAGGCUAUGGAUUCAACACAGAAUACCCUGUGGAAAAGCUGAUGAGGGAUGCCAAGAUCUAUCAGAUUUAUGAAGGCACUGCACAAAUUCAGAGGCUGAUCAUAGCCCGUGAGCACAUUGGAAAGUAUAAAAAUUAAAGGAAAUUGCAAUUGAAAAGAUGUUUCAUCCUCUGUAACUAAAGCUCAAAGCACUAUUUAUGCUUAUGCGGAAAAAAGGGCUUUAUCAUCUUUAUGUCUUUCCAAGGAAAUAAAAUAAAAGCUGAGUAACACAGGUCUGUGCAGUUUAUUCCAGUGGUGGAUUGUACCUCAGUUCAACUCCACGGUGACCUUUUCUGGAUAAAUUUAGAUUAUUGGAACAAUGAGUUGUCCUUAGUACACCUGCCCCUGGAUUAUGUUAAUUUGUUCUGUGAUCACUUAAAUUAACCACAGUUGGAGAAAUACACUAGAGUUUUAAGGCUCACUCAAGUGACAGGAAAGGAGGCUUAUUAAGAAAGAACUCUUGGUGAAGAUUCUAAAAUAUACGCUGAAAACAUGGUAGAUUUAGACCUGCCAGACUCCAAAGACUUAACAGCAUUUCUGUACUAAAAUGUUAAUUUUAUAAUUUUGAAUAUAUUUACUUUGUUUUGCACAAAAGAGUAAAAAUUUUAUAUUCAUUUUCUUUCAUUCUAAAACUAGAAGAAAUUUCUGAAAAAUCUUAAUGCUGAACCAACAUUUCAUGUCUUGUUUAAAAUAACUCAAUAAAGCUAACCUUAAAUUAUUUUUCUAUGACUCUUAGGGUUUGUAUAAACCCUUUGGGUUGCUGUACACAGUUGUGUUUCACACACAGGACUUUAAAAAGGAAAUAAAACGUGCUGUGUACUGUUC